GCCAUAUAACCAUUCAAUUAGCCAACUUGAACAAACAACAACAAAUAAAAGAGAAAAAAAAGUAAUAUAUUCCCCAAACCCAAUUUUAUCUACUCCUUGUUUGGCGUAAAAAAUCAGCACCUUUUUCAGUUUCGAAUUUCCAUUUUCCUAAUAUCAGAUUUGUUCGAUUGUUUGGAUUUUGAUGGCUUCGAAAAGAAUAUUGAAGGAGUUGAAGGAUCUGCAAAAAGAUCCUCCUACUUCAUGUAGCGCUGGCCCUGUUGGAGAGGACAUGUUUCACUGGCAGGCUACAAUAAUGGGGCCCUCUGAUAGCCCUUACGCUGGGGGUGUAUUUUUAGUCACUAUCCAUUUUCCUCCAGAUUAUCCAUUCAAACCUCCUAAGGUUGCUUUUAGGACAAAAGUUUUCCAUCCAAAUAUCAAUAGUAAUGGGAGUAUAUGCUUGGACAUACUGAAGGAGCAGUGGAGCCCUGCCUUAACUAUUUCCAAGGUUUUGCUUUCCAUCUGUUCACUUUUGACGGACCCAAACCCUGAUGACCCGUUGGUUCCCGAAAUUGCUCAUAUGUAUAAGACAGACAAGUCCAAAUACGAAGCAACCGCCAGGAGUUGGACCCAGAAGUAUGCCAUGGGUUAAACAUUACCCUACGAUGGCUUGAAUUGAUAUAAACAAAAACAAAUUUCGAUGUUCCAUCUUCUCUAUUUUCUCCAUUAACAAUGUGUAGAAUAGCAUUAUGCAUUGCCCUCUACAGGAAGAAUGGCGAUGCUUUGAAUUUCUUUAUGUAUGGAUACUAAUAUUUGAACAUGCGUGGUAAGGACAUUUAUCUGGUUUUGGAUUGUU